AUGAAUGAUACAUAUAUUCCAAUAACCAAUUUAACUAAUAGUAGAGUGAGAUUUUUAAACAAAAAAAGACAUACACAUAUAAAUUUUUUAAUAAUGGCUGAUGUAAAUUUUAAAACAAGAUUUCUUUUUAACGGCACAUUUGAAUUAUCACACGAUUCAACGGUGCUUAAGUUGUCAAAAUUUAAAGAAUGA